UGUAAAAUCACUUUACAACAAUAGCUGUAACGUCGUUUAAUACGUCGAGACAGAUGCGUCUUUCGUGCCGCGCCUUAGAAGAAAGAAUCAGUCGCCAAGAUUUCUCCAAAGUAUUUGCAUUCGCGGGCCAUCCAGAAUGUUUGGCGGAAAACCUGUUUUUCUUCUUAUUAUCUCUACCCUGGUAAUAAUUCAAGAUGUCAAGCGCUGUUGGGUUACGGCGGAUGAACUUCCGAUCGUGCACGGCGUCAAGUAUGUCGGCGUCGGCUACAACAUUAUAGAUGGUAACCCUGAAGGUGGUGACUUAAAUACCGGAGGCGUAGAUCCUGGUCUACUGCUCAGUCGAAAAAUCUUCAAGUUCACUUAUGACGAAGGGAAAAAAACGUUUGACCAGUCGAGUCGAAUUCCUGAUGAGGUGUCGUACUUAAAGCAACAAAACCCCUAUUCGAAAUCAUCACUCUCAACGUUUUUUGGUACGAAAAGCUACGCUGCCAAACUCGCCGCGCAAGUUGAAGUAUCAGGUGGAUACGUAGGUGUCGCGGCCGAGGUCCAAUUCGCUGCAAGUGCCCGUUACCAAGAAGUGGCCGACAAGACGUCUAGCAAAGGAUCUGUGUUCCUUAGCAACGAGACAAUCACAAACCGUGGGCGAGCACGUUACCUGAUGGAUCUUGCGCGCACGGGGAGCCUACUCACACCCGACUUCGUGUCCGCAAGCUGCCUUCUUCCAGCGACCUACACGGAAGCAGAUAAGACGAAGUAUAUGCAAUUCAUGGAAGACUGGGGAACGCAUACUGUUAUAGAGGUUAAUUUGGGAAUCAGGAAAGGUGAAAACUUCGAAGAAAAACGAUCAUCCUUCGUCAAUUACGCAGCUCAAAAUGUUGAAGGAAGCAUCCAGGCUUCAGGUGUCUAUGAUGGCUUCAGUGCUUCCGUAUCGGUUGAUAUGGAAUCAUUCAAUAGCGCAAUGGACAGUGGAACCAAGUUUGGCAGCAGUUACUCAAAGUAUGCAAUUGGAUCCCAGGAUUUAAACGAGCCCAUCAGCGUAAAAAUGAUUGGAAUGCCAGAGAUCUUCGGAAACGAAUACUGGACGGGAUUAGAUACAUAUAUAUCUGAUGGCCACUGCUCCGCUUCUUUUGAUAGGGAGAGUGUGAAACAAAAUAUGGACAGUGCUCUAAAGAAAUACGGCGAAUGGCGUGCAGUAGAAAAGAGCACAGAUCCUGCCAUCCAAAUACCUCUAACGUGGCCAGCAGGGGUCUACGGUCUUCCCAAGCCUUACAACGGAUGCCCUACUCAAAAUUGGGAUGAAGGAUCUCGCUUUCAACACUAUGACGGAGAUGGCCAAGAUAACUCAUGGAGCAACAAUAUGCUUUUUGCGGGUUGGAUGGAGGAGGUUUUUUCGAGACAAGAGUUUUGCAUGAAAACCGUAACUACCAUUCCUGGUUCUAGCUGGCAAUGGCAACCUGGAUCUUAUUGCAUCUACCAAUACGGUUCGGCAUGCCCACAAGGCUUCACAUCUGGUUACAUAGAUUGGGGUUACCCAGAUGAUUACGACCAACCAUUGAUAAAUAAAGGCGUUCUCCCUUCUGGGACAGACACUCAAAUCAACUUCUGCUGCCGGGAUGAUGGCGUUGCUUCACAGGCAAUAUACCUCCCCACUGACGCCAGUUUCAUGCUUUUGACACGCUUUGGUAAUUGUCAACUGGUUCACGAUAUGUCGGUGAAGAAGGAAUGGCACUUCUGGGCGACUGAUGACGAGUCCACACAAUCUGGAGAUCAUCCUAGCGACGGUGUGUAUAACAAGGGCGUGAAUCUGAUCUACUGCUACUACCACAAGGGUGGUUUGACCGAAUUCUCGACCAAUACAGUGGUGGAGCGAACUGCUCUUGAAAGCAACCCCCGUUAGCCAUGCUGUUGGCUGAGUUUAAGUUGUGUUUUUAUUUUGCUUUUCUUUGCUUUGUUCUAGUUGUUUGGUUUGGUUUUGUUCAGUUUAAGUUUAACAAGAUUGAAACUACUUUUGAAAAAUCGUCUCAAGAGCAGUUGUAAUACCCUAUUGCAUAUCCCAUUGGAAUCAUGUUCGUAUUAUGCAAAACGUCAUUGUCAUGUUUGCAUAUUUCAAUAGGUGACACACAAGGCUAUUUGAAUUGCUUUAGGCUUUUUCGAAAGUAGCUGCGAUCGUGUUUUUUAUUUUACAUAAUUCUUCGACACCAUCUAUUCAAAAAACGAUUAUGGUGAAGAUUUUCACAAUAUCUUUUGACGGUUUCCAUAGUGCGUAUUAAUGAACUAAAGAUGACGAAUUAUAUAUGAGAGUUGGUAAUGUUAAUUAAUUGAAAAUUAAUUCAUCGUGUUAUUCCCUUUUUUAUAUACUCCUCGUGAUGUUUUUAAUUUUAUUUAACAUGCAUGAUUCAAAGAUUAUGAAAUGAUUUUGGCUUACUUCUGGUCAAUUCAUUAGAAACUCGUUAUCUUACUUUUCCUGAAAUUAAGUUAUUAUUUAUUGAUUAUCAACGACUUGGUAUAAAUAAGAUUAAAGAAUCCAGGAGCUCCAAUUAGACACGAUCUUCGUUAUUGCUUAUUUCAUUGAAAAAAAAAAUCCUUUUUUGUUUGUUAUUGAUUCCAAUAUAUUUCUUGGCGAAUUUGCAUAGAAAUCCAGUUUAUCAUCUAAUAAUUAAGUUUUAAUUGUUCUUGGACAAUGGAUAUGAUUCAUUCAUUUAAAAUCGUCUAUUACUUAGUUAUCUUUUCUUAUAUAAUUGCAUAAAAGUUUACAAGCCUGAAUUUAAAGAUCUAAUUUGAUUUUUUUUUCCAAUUUGUAUUAGUUCAAUGUUAAACUUACUCGAUUAUAAAAAUAGUUUAUUACUUUUCUCAGGACAAUUUUAAAUGUUUCUAUCAACUUCGCACAUAUGAAUUAAACGUUCCAGUAGCUUGUCUAACUUCAAAUAAUUUUUUUGAAUUGUUAUGGUUAAUUCGUUUUAAAAUAAGUAUAUUAGUUUCAAUGAAAGCAUAUGGUAAAAUGGGUACGUGUCAUGCAGUAACAUUAUUUGAUUUUUGUUUUUGCACUUUAACCCCUCAGAAGUGUUGGUAUAUUUAGCCCCACUCUUCGGGUUAACAAAGAAUACAGCUUUAUCUCGAGAUGAACGAACUGUAGAGUUUUUCUUGUAUAGUGAGCAUUUAUUUAAAAAAAAAAAAAAUAUUGGCGAUAACAUGGAAACAUUCAAAUAUUUAUUAUUUUUAAGUUGGUUAAACCUAGGCGAAUCUUAAUUACAUGUCAACAGAUGCUGACAUAUAGCAAAGCCCAUAUUUUCAUAUAUUUCGGUAACUUUAUCUAGCUAUUUAUACAAAAAGUAGUUUUUGUUAAAAGGGAGUGGUAGAGGGGGCAUGUUUAAUUUACAAAUAUCAUUUCGAUUCCCCUUCGAUUAAUAUUGAUUGAUGUUUAUACCUACUUCAUUUGAAAAGUGUGUUAUUACUUUUCUAACCAUACUUUUAAGUGUUUCGUAGAACUUUGCACAUAGGAAUUUGAAAUUAAAGUUGCUUGUCUAACUUCAGAUAUUUUUUGGAAUGGUUGUGGUAACAUUUGUUUUCAUUAAAAGCAUAUGGUAAAAUGGGUA